AUGUCGCCCGAUUCUGAGAAGCCGAAAAAGGCGCUGAGAAAACAUGUCACGACGGCCUGUGUGCCAUGUCGAGAGAGUAAGAUCAGGUGUGACGGGUCGAUGCCUCAUUGUCAAAACUGCCAACGUAAGGACAAGGUCUGCAAGUAUCAGCACGGUGAUGAUAAGCGAAAAGUAUCUCUGCGAGCUGCCACUGAGCUAUUUUCGGCUAGAAUUGAUCAACUCUAUCAAUUCAUCUACGACCAAGGGCUAGAGCCUCCACCCAUGGACCCGGAAGAUGAAGCUGGUAUGAACAGGGUACUAGAUACCCUCCAGAUCACUCGUGGUGUUGCUCAAAAGAAUAUCCAAGGAGAUAAUACAAACGCUGAAAUAGAGACAAAGCCAACAAUGAGUAAAUCCCCAGUGGAAAGUCUACCAGCCACGGCUUCAAAUGGACAGACACAGCCAGCACCGGAUUCAACAACUCCAGACUCAGCUGCAUCUCAGAGCUUCUUGGCUAAUCAACAGCGUCAAUCACCUGGAGAAUCCUGGAAUCCGUUCGGUAUCGUGCAAGGGGCCCCUGAAAAUCAGAACUUCGUACAUUGGGGCUUCACACUUCCAACCGCUGAAAGUCUAGACACAAUAUAUGCCAAUCUCAACGGGAGACCAGGGAUGAAUGUCAGUACAGGUCUGAGUCCGGAUAGUUUCCAGCUCGGAAUGGAUAUGGCUCAACAACCUGGGGUCCUACUGAGCCAGCUACCCGUGGAUCAACACCAAGACUCUGAUAGCGAAGAGGAGAAUGAAGCUGAAAAUGAUGUUAUCGAGCAAUUAUCCCACCGCAUUGGAACACUUAAAAUUGCGGGAGAUGGGCAUUUACGCUUUUAUGGUGCCACGUCCAACCUCAAUCUAGUAGAUGUUUGCGCAACGCAGCAACGUCAAAGACCAGAUGCUCGUACCGUUCGCCAUGACGGUCAAGAUAUUCUUAACCAUCUCCGAGUUGGUCAGCCAGUGGAUCAAGCCCUGGAAGACCAUCUGGUGGAACUGUACUUUACUUGGCAGAACCCUAGCAUCUACGUGGUUGACAAAGAGAUGUAUAUGACCGCGAGGUCUAAGUGGCGGAAUGAAUAUGACGAUACGCCAUUCUAUUCUGAGGUUCUCACCAAUGCAAUGUGUGCAAUUGGAAGCGCGUUCGAAGCACGCUAUCAUCCUACAUUUAUUACAUUUCCCAAAUCACUUGCCGAGUUUUUCGCAGACCGCGCCAAGGCACUCUUGGAAAUUGAGCUUGACUCCCCAUGUGUUGCGACUGUGCAGGCACUGGUGCUUAUGAGUUGCCACGAGGGGGCCUCCAACCGUGAUGCGCGUGGCUGGCUUUAUAGCGGCAUGUCUAUGCGUCUGGCUUUUGACCUUGGGUUACAUCUUGAUAUGACGCAAUAUGUCAAGCAAGGAGAUAUAAGCCCUCAGGAAGCGGAUGUGCGGCGCGCUGUAUUCUGGGGAAGCUAUGUCGCAGAUCAUUUUUGGGGGUUCUAUCUUGGCCGUCCAUUUCGUAUGAGUGCAGGUGACAUUAGUGUUCCGAAGCCAGCGUCGAGUCUUGAUCCCGAGAGGGAGGGCAUUUGGAAGCCUUACGGACUUAAAGAAAAGCAAUUUGAAGGUGGCUUGAAGAAUCCGAUAGAGCUAAUAUGUAGACAGUUUGUGGUUCUCUGGGAGAUGAUCUCUCCUGUUGGUCACAUUUUAUACGGGUGCUCUGAUAUAUCACGUCACGAUCUACAACGAAUUUGCUUCCAAGUCACAGAAGAUUUGUUCGCCUGGAAAGCAAAUCUCCCUUCAGCCCUCGAUAUUAAUUUGGAUGACGAGACCACGCCUGUUCUGCCCCAACUUCUCAUUCUGCACAUGCAAUACCAUCAAAUCAUCAUUUUCUUCCAUCGACCAUGGGUAUCCAAGAGUUACAUUCAGCCUCGCAGCCCACGCCAGGGACCGGGUUAUCACCAUGCCCGACGAAUGUGUAUCGAGUCUGCCACAGCGAUAGCUCGUCUCUUGCAAAUUUAUGAGAAGCACUACACCUUUAGGCGAAUGAAUAAUCUGGCCGUUGCCAUAAUAUUCAGUGCCGCCCUAAUGCUUCUAUUUGUUACAGUCUCCAGCUCUCCUCUUAUGCCUUCCAAACCUGGCGAAAUCGCUCAGCCCCAUCCUCGCAACGCCGAAAUGGUCGCAUACCUCAACCUUUGCUUCCGUGCCCUCGAUGAACUGGGCCAAUCAUUUGAGAAUGCAAAGCGUACCCGCGACUACCUCGUUACACUUCAGAGACGCUGGCAAACCCACAUGCGUCGGUCCGGCCCGCGCGUCAAGCGACAGAUCAGUAACACCAAUUUGGCAUCUAGCUCUUCACGACAAAGAGCUUCUAUUAGUACUCCUUCAACUGCCACACAUACAGCACAUACCUCGCUGGGAACAUCAGCAUCAGAUGCUUCGCGCAAAAAGUCCCGGCUCGCAAGUAUGGAUUACAAUUCCCAUGCCUCGAACCGAAACCAUGCCGCCUCAUCCACUGCAAAUGCAGCACCUUUUCCUACACAACCAUUCCACUCUUCCCAAGCUCAAUCUAUCGCGUCUCAACAGAAUCAGCUUCAAAACCCAUACUCUCAGUCCUUUGGCACACAACAGCCUAGCGAUUUCGAUUGGAUGCAAACAGCGGAUCUGAAUAUCUUAGCUAGGACUCAAGGUCCAGGCUCAGGCUCAGGCUCAGGCUCAGAUCCGAAUGCUUUGGGCAAUAUACCAACACCACAAUUUCUUGAUGAUCCAAUCAUGCUGCCAGAUCUAGGUGAUACGGAGGGUUGGUGGGCUUCGCCUAACGGGAACCCUGAAUUAGGAGGGACCUAUAAUGAUUUGAGCUAG